UCGUGAAAAGUAAAAUUUUACCGCCUGUCAAAUUAAAUUAGACAAAUAAAUAAAAAUAUAACAGUCGAGAGCGUAGUUUAACACCUGUUUGAUAUAACACUUCCACCGAACACGGUAAUCAUGCAUGAACCAAAUUUUGUGAUUUUCACACCUUAGGAUACAAGUAAAAUAACCGUUUUCUGAAAUCUUUUUCGAAAUAAAACUCAAAMAAUUUUUUGGAAAUAUUUUUUCUGGUUCGUUUUGAAAAUUGCUUCACAGCGGGACAUGUCGUCAUUUUGCGUUACAUUUGAAGUAACAAUACCAAUUUGUGUGUAACAGUAAAAUGAAUUAUUCUCGAAGCCGGGCCACAAUCUUUAUUGGAUGGUUAAAUCUGUAGUCUCCUGCGACGACGAAUUGUACAGUUUAUAAGACAAGUGAAUCUGACUGGACGGCUGAGAUGGUACCACCCUUGUUUUUCUUAAACUUAUUAAAAUCUCUGUUUUCAGAAGAAACUUUAAUUAUAACAUUUUAAACAUUACUUCAUAACCGCAGUACAAAUAUAUAGUCGAUAUAUAUUCCCAUAUACAUGAAACCCUAAUUAGCUCGACAUUUGAAAUUGUUCCUGCACGGAAUUACGACAGGUUAUUUCCCUUUUUUCGUAAAGCAAGGCGAGGAAUCUUCCAUCUGGUUAUAUCGGAUUGACUUGAUGUUAAAUCACUUGAGGGCCGGUUGACAGCAUCAAAGGUUUAUCCCCUCAACACUUUGGAGAUUUAUUCGCUGCAUAUUGAUUUGUUUUGAUAAGAACACAUCAAAAAUUCGAAGACGUUAUCUCCAGUGGACUUCUAGUUGGUCUCCGCAACAUACUUUAUUCUCAGCUUCACUAGGUCAAGGAAACCGUGUAGAGAAAAAAACCAUCUGGUGCAGUGAAAUUGAAUUGGAUUUUCUAAAUAUUCACGAAGCGAAAUCAGAUAAAGAGAGAAAGAACAAGAGCUCUGCAUGUUGCUCCCUCGAAGCAGAGAUUUCAACUUUCAGCUGCUCUCUCACCUGAACUUGACUUGACUUGACUUAGCAUUGAAGGCAGAACACUUGGCGUUUUCGUCCACACGAACGUUGAACGCUAUAAGAAUCAUCAUCGUUAUUGUGAACAUCCCGAAAGAAGGAGUUUCCUCCAUUCCAUCGUAUCCGCGUAAUUGCAUUAAAGGAGCUUAUCUGAUUGUCUGAUUAGCUUUAACUGUGAAGCCAGUUUCAUAUUUUCGAGAUAAUCUCACUCCAAUCAAGAGCAAGACCAUGGAAUAUCCGAGCAACGUUUCUCUGGAAAAUAACGGGUCUAUUUCUUCUUCGGGAGCUGCAAAAAGCAAUCCUCUGGGAAGUGCCUAUGAUUCGAUCACCAUUUGUCUUUUCACGACCAUUUUCGUCGCAGGGGUAGUCGGCAAUUCGUUUGUCAUAUCCACCAUCUUACGCUGGGAUGACAUGAAAACUCCAUGUAAUUACUUAAUAAUGACCAUUGCAAUUGCAGAUAUAGGAGUGGCUGUUUUUGCAGCGCCCUUAAGGAUCAUCGAACGCUUCAUCGGUUGGCCGUUUGGUGAGGCAGUCUGUAGGUUGUUGGUGCCACUGCAGGAUGUGUUUGUCUGUGUAUCUGUAGUUGCGCAUACUUGCAUCGCACUAGAGCGAUACGGAGCGAUCGUAACGCCCUUUAAACGACGACUGUCACCGCGGAAGAUGAAGUUUGUCAUAGCUGGGCUGUGGAUCGGGUGCUAUCUGACCUCUGGGUUGCCUGUAGCUCCUUUGCUGUCAACAGUAACCAGGAAGAGUAAUGUCCUCUGCAAGGUGAUAUUCCCAUCCAUGGUAUUCAGGAGGGUGUUCAAGUUGUACCUAGUCAUAGUGUUUAUCGCUGCUCCACUACUCAUCCAAACCUGGGCAUAUUGCUGGAUUGCAAGAUGCAUAAGCAAGAAAACGCUCAUYUCUGAGUCAAGAUCAGGACCGCAGCAGAGGCGCAAUCGGCUCGUCAAGAUGUUGUUUACAAGCCUUCUCGUCUUCGACAUCUUCUACCUCCCACGCGGGAUCCUGAUGCUUUUUUACGAGUUCGGUGACCGAUCGACUUUCAGCCCACUCAUCCAGUACAUUAAUCUCAUAUCGCUCAUCAUCUACUACCUUAAGCACAUCAUCAAUCCGAUGAUUCUCUUUGCCAUGAGCGCUGAUUUUCGCGCCGGUUUCUAUGCUGCAUGUACCCGCGGGCAAUUCGAAAUUGUCCAUGACACUUCAAUUAAACGAAAACCCAGCAAAAAUCUCAAGAUGGUGAGGCUAAACAGUAGAAAAAAAUCCCAAGACCAGCAAAACCAGCCUCAAACUGUCCAAGCGCUGCUCGAAAAUAUCCCUAAAUGUGAGAAUAACGUUGAUAAUGUUUGAAAAGCAGGCCGCAAAUGGGAAAGAUUACACAUCUUUACAUUCAACGAAGAUAGGCCUGGAUGAGAGAAAUAGUCCAGCAGAUACGUGCGAAGAUUGUGCGUUUUGUGAUAAAAGCAUGAAACUUGGUACAAAGUUAGUGCUUACCCUAACAAACAUUUUUGAGGGU